GCAAAAAACCGGAUACACACGUGCUCUUUCAGCCAAAUCUUUCGAUCACAUCUCUCUCUAAUCUUCGAGCUUCCCAGCAGUUUAUUCUUUGUCCUAGUGAGGAGCCAUGGCCGUCAACGGAGGCGAAAAACCGCCCUACAAAGUUGCUAACAUGGAACUGGCCGACUUUGGCCGCAAGGAGAUCGUCCUGGCAGAGGCCGAGAUGCCGGGGCUCAUGAACAUGAGGCAGCUGUACGGAGAGUCGAAGCCGCUGAAGGGCGCGCGAAUCGUCGGCUGUCUGCACAUGACAGUCCAGACUGCCGUACUAAUGGAGACCCUCAUCCAGCUGGGCGCCGAGGUUCAGUGGAGCUCCUGCAACAUAUUCUCCACGCAGGACCACGCGGCCGCGGCGAUGGCUGCUCGUGGUAUUGCCGUGUAUGCGUGGAAGGGAGAGACGGACGAGGAGUACAUGUGGUGUAUCGAGCAGACGAUCCACUGGCCCGACGGCCAACAGCUCAAUAUGAUCCUUGACGACGGGGGCGACCUCACCAAUCUAGUCCACAAUAAGUACCCAGAACUGCUUCCCGGUAUCCAAGGUAUCACGGAGGAGACAACUACCGGUGUCCACAAUCUCUACAAGAUGCACAAAGCCGGGAAACUGAAGACUCCAGCCAUCAACGUCAACGACUCAGUCACCAAGAGCAAGUUCGAUAAUCUGUACGGGUGCCGGGAGAGUCUGGUGGACGGUAUCAAGAGAGCCACCGACAUCAUGCUGGCUGGCAAGGCGUGUCUGGUGGCAGGUUAUGGAGAUGUGGGGAAGGGUUGCUGUCAGAGUCUUAGGGCCUUUGGAGCUCGUGUGCUAGUGGCUGAAAUUGACCCCAUCCUAGCUCUUCAGGCUGCCAUGGAAGGCUACGAAGUGACGACCCUAGACGAUGCGGCGGCAAGGACCAACAUCUUUGUGACGGCCACCGGUUGUUGCGACAUAAUCCGACCGGAUCAUUUCCUGGCCAUGAAGGACAACGCCAUCUGCUGCAACAUUGGCCAUUUCGACUGCGAGGUCGACCGGAGCUGGUUGGAGAGCAACUGCAAGAAAGAGGUCAUCAAACCUCAGGUGGAUCGGUACGAGCUGCCCAACCGUAAACACGUGAUUCUCUUGGCCGAGGGUCGUCUGGUGAACCUCGGGUGUGCCACGGGUCACCCCAGCUUCGUGAUGAGCAACUCGUUCACCAACCAGGUCCUGGCCCAGAUUGAGCUCUGGACCAAACACUCCGAGUACAAGGUCGGAGUCUACACCCUCCCCAAGAAGCUGGACGAAGAGGUAGCAGCGGCCCAUCUGGAACAGUUGGGUGUAAAACUCACCAAACUGGACAAGAAACAGGCCGACUAUCUCGGAGUGCCCGAAGUCGGUCCAUUCAAACCAGAACACUACCGCUAUUGAGGCCACACCCCUUGACCACACCCCUCCUAUAGUGUGGACAGAUCAUUCAAUAGCACAAUGGACUAGUAAUAUUUAGUAUAGGUGGAAAUGAUUAUGGGUUUCACUCGUCGUUAUUUAAAAUCGUUGUGUUAAACUUCGUGCAGAUUUGCUUUUGUUAUGCAACUGUCACAGGCACUGAAUCUUUGC